AUGAAACGUCCAUUAACAAUGUCGGAGAAGAUUCUCUAUUCACAUUUGGAUAAACCAGAGACAGAACAAAUUGAUCGUGGUAUUUCAUAUCUUCGUUUGCGACCAGAUCGUGUAUGUAUGCAAGAUGCCACAGCACAAAUGGCUAUUCUACAAUUCAUCUCAUCUGGGCUUCCAAAGACUUUCUUGGAAAAUUAUGCUUUUCCUGGACUUUUGCUCAUCGGCACAGACUCUCACACACCCAAUGGAGGUGGUCUUGGUGGUCUCUGCGUGGGUGUUGGAGGAUCUGACGCUGUUGACGUGAUGGCAGGUAUACCAUGGGAAUUGAAGUGUCCGAAAAUUAUAGGAGUACGAUUAACUGGGAAGCUUUCUGGAUGGACUGCUGCCAAAGACAUCAUCCUCAAAUUGUGCGACGUCCUCAAAGUGAAGGGUGGUACUGGAGCUAUAGUUGAGUACUUCGGUCCCGGCGUGGACUCUCUUUCCGCUACUGGUAUGGGAACCAUCUGUAAUAUGGGAGCUGAAGUUGGAGCGACUACUUCAGUGUUUCCUUUUAACCAAAGUAUGAAGGAAUAUUUGGAGUCUACUGAGCGUGCGGAUAUUGCAAAAGAAGCGGAACAAUAUAAGGAUUUACUCAGAGCUGAUGAAGGUGCCCAUUAUGACAGUGUAAUAAAUAUUAAUCUGGAUGAACUUGUUCCUCAUGUGAAUGGCCCUUACUCUCCUGAUCUUGGCACUCCUAUUGAUGAACUCGGUAAAAAAGCAAAGAAAAAUGGCUGGCCUUUGGAUAUACGAGUUUCAUUGAUUGGUUCAUGUACGAAUUCUUCCUAUGAAGAUAUGACCCGAGCUGCAUCUAUCGCUAAACAGGCGCUGGAAAAGGGUGCAAAAUCAAAAAUGCUUUUUACCGUGACACCCGGAUCCGAGAUGGUUCGCGCGACUAUGGAACGGGAUGGGCUUGCGCAGAUUUUCAGAGACUUUGGAGGAGUGGUCCUUGCUAAUGCUUGUGGACCUUGUAUUGGCCAAUGGGAUCGCAGAGACGUGAAAAUGGGCGAGAAGAACACGAUCGUAACCUCUUACAACCGUUCUAAAUUUGUACUGAAUCCACCUGUUGGAGAAUAUAAGCCGGAAAAAGGAUAUGAUCGUGGAGAGGACACUUAUCAAGCGCCAACGAACUCUGGAGAAGUUGUAGUUGACCCAGAGUCUCAACAGGACACUUAUCAAGCGCCAACGAACUCGGGAGAAGUUGUAGUUGACCCAGAGUCUCAACGUCUACAACUUCUUCAACCAUUCACACAGUGGGACGGCAAAGAUCUUGAAGAUAUGGUAAUUCUAAUUAAGGUUCGCAAUCAAUUAACGCAAGAGUUUGGCCCAGUCGCUGAAACUGCUAGACAAUACAAAGCAAAAGGCAUUCAUUGGGUAGCGAUUGGUGAUGAGAACUAUGGUGAGGGCUCAAGUCGGGAACAUGCUGCUCUUGAGCCCCGUCAUUUAGGAGGACGAGCUGUCAUUACUAAAUCAUUCGCAAGGAUUCACGGUUACAUCUCGUUUUAUCAGAUAUAG